AUGCCAACUGAUCAAAUACAAUAUUCUGAAAAAUACAGUGACGAUAAAUAUGAAUAUAGAUUAUAUACAAGGUUAAAGAUCUAUGAUACAUCUUUAUUGACAAACAAACCUCAUGUACUGCUAUUUCGUAGACCAAGGACAGUUGCUUUAAUCAAUACAAGAACUGCAUCUUUUCAAAGAGAAUAUCAAAAUGUAUAUUGUGUUUGA